GUUGCCAGCUGUCAACUACGGCAGCACGUACGGUAGCUACCACGCGUUAUCAUGACGGACCCAGAAUUGCUAUUAAAGACAAAGAUUCACUACUUUUGCCGGGAGAAGUAUUACCAUUCGAUGCAGCGAGCCGCUGUGGAAGGAAUUAAACGAUAUUCGGGGGACCCGUCCUACCGGCUUUACUUUGGAAUAUCUCUUAUACUUGAAGGUCGAGUUCAAGAAGGCAUACGGGAGCUUGACGCCGUCAAAGAAAGCAAAGAUGUGUUGCUCGGAGGAAUCCUGGCACUGAUAUUUGCGCACCGAAAGUGUGCGGUAGUAGACAAGGAAGCAGUAGCACACCUGGAUUCACAGCUGAAAGAAGUGCGUAAACAAGCAGGAGACAAGAUGCUUUACUACGCUGGGCUGUUUCUAAUGCUGACCAGCAAGUAUGACAAAGCACGGGAGUACAUUGAUCGUAUGCUAAGAGCAGCUCCUCCUACAAGAGAGGGAUUGAUGUUAAAAGGCUGGAAUGAAAUCCUGAGUAAGAAGGAGAAACGUACUGGAAUACAGUACUUCGAGUCGGCAGGAACCGCGCACCCUGAAGCGCUGUUCGGGAAAGCGAAAUGCCUGGAACAGAGUGGCGAUUUUGCAAAAGCCCUCGAAGUGAUCAAUCAGGCUGUGGUGCUGUACAAUGGCUUCGUUCCAGCCUUACUACAGAAGGCAAAGUUGCACCUGGCGAUGUCAGACUGGGACCAGAUGGUGGACUCAUGCAACAGGGCUAUAACACACGACCCUGCCUGUAUCGAAGCUCAGAUUUAUGUCAUUCUUCAUCUCAUCUGCAAAAGCGGUGACUACAAGGAGGCUUCCACUAAACUACACGAGAUCACCUUGAACUUGGGCAAAGCUGAACCGAAAAAUGCUGUUCUGCAUCACGAAACGGCGCAGUUACUCUCUCGAAUCAGCUCGAGACAAGGGUUCAUACUGGAACACACGUUUGCAAUAGCUGAAAGAGCUAUGUCCUUAGACCCAAGCAACCCUGAAUAUGUGGCAGAAAUAGGUUAUCAGUGUAUCAUGCAAGGCAAAAUAAAAGAAGCAGCGAAACAAUACAGGGCGUCCCUAAAGAUGGACGACGCCAGCGUUGGAGCUCUCACUGGCAUCAUCUGGUGUCAGCUACUGGAAGGUCAGUGUGAUGUUGCCAACCAGCAGCUGGAGCUCCUGAAGGAGAUACACAGUACCGCAGGAAUGUCAGCCGAAUUGAUGUACCUAUGCGCAUUAUCAGCGCAAAAGAUGCUUUCUGAUCCAGAAGACAUCAACAACUACCUGAAUCACUGCAUCGACAACCACUUCAGCAAACUAGAUGAGCUUCCUUUAGGAUCGCAGUACUUUCUCGUACUGAAUCCGGACUUCGUCUACCGGGUCGUAAGCCUUUACCUGCAAAACGUCCCUGAUAAACCUGUUGAGACAGGGCAAACUGUUCCGGAGUUGCUGAAGAAAACACAAAACGUUCUACAGCCUGUCAUUCGGUCCUGUCCUGCUUCCGCUGAGGCUAUGUGUCUUAUGGGGAAACUCAAGUACCUGUCGAAUGAUCUAGCUACUGCCCAAGGAAUGUUGGAGAAGUGUUCUCAGCAAGAUUCAAGCUUCAUCGACGCCCAGCUUCUGCUUGCGAAAAUACAUCUUCACCAAGGAAAUGUUCAGGGCGCAAACCAGACACUAGAGAUGGCGCUGAGCUACAACUUCGAGGUUCGAGAGAGCCCCGUUUUUCACCUGAUUAAAGCACAAAUUCUAAAGAAGCAAAAAGACUACAAAGAAGCAGUGCAGACAUUAAAUGUUGCCAUGUCGCUUGCUGGAAUCAACUCUUCCAGUACGUCGCAAAAGAAGCCAAAGUACGAAUUAAACACGAGUGACAAAGUGUCCCUCCUUCUGGAGCUAGCGGACACCUAUCACAAGUUAGAUCAACAGCACGAUGCAGCUAAGGUUAUCAGAGACGCAAUAAGUAAGUUCCAAGGAACCGCCGAAGAGAUCAGAAUCACCAUUGCUAGUGCCGAUCUGGAAUUUGCGAGGGGCGACACGGAGCAGGCGUUAUCACUGCUGCGAAAUAUUUCUCCAAACCAGCCCUACUUCAAGCAGGCCCGUGAGAAAAUGGCCGAUAUAUAUCUCAAGUAUCGCAGGGAUCCCCGCCUUUAUGCUAGCUGUUACAGGGAGGUGGUGGAAAAGUUCCCCGUCCCUCAGUCCUACCUCAUGCUUGGUGACGCCUACAUGAAGAUACAGGAACCAGAGAAGGCUAUCGAUGCCUACGAGCAGGCACUUCGUAAAAAUCCCAGGGACAGCAUGGUUGCGCGCAAGAUUGGACAAGCCCUUGUAAAGACGCAUCAAUUUGAGAGGGCCGUUACGUAUUACAAGGCUGCCAUCAAAACUGGAGGACAAAGCUUGCUGAGAUAUGACCUGGCAGAGCUGCUGGCCAAAAUAAAACGCUUUACCGAAGCCGAAGAGGUUAUAAACGCCGCUCUCGAAGUGCUCCAAAAGGAAGCAAACCUCGGGAAUUUGGAGUGGGAAUCGAAGUUUCAACUGCUGUUGGCAAAAGUGUAUCAGAGCAAUGCCAAAGACGAAGCGGCGUCGAAGGCGCUGCAGAAAGCCUUCGAUACGCAAGCAAAGGUUAUGGCAAGAGUGCCAUUGGAACAGCCAGACUCGCUUCCUCAACAGCAGCAGCUGGCUAUCACCAUCUGCAAAAGCAUUGCCGAGCAAGCUGAACAGAAGCGGGAUUACGCGCAAGCGAUUCGCUAUUACAAACAAGCUCUCAGCUACGACCACAACAGCGUUGAGACGCUGCUGUCUUUGGCAAAACUGGAAACGACUUCAAACAACUUGGAAUCCGCCAAGCACUACUGUAAUACUGUACUCAAACAUGACAAGGACAAUGACGGCGCAACACUGAUGAUGGCAGACCUUAUGUUCAGGAAGACUGACCUUGAAGCCUCAAUGUUUCACUUUCAACAGUUGCUCGAGCGGAAACCAAAUUAUUUUCCUGCGUUGGCGAGGUUGAUCGAAGCCAUGAGAAGGCUUGGAAAGUUAAAGCAAGCAGAGCCCUUCCUCAAGAAGGCUGAAGCACAUUCCCCGAGGUCGGGAAAUAACGGUGGUUAUUUCUACUGCAAAGGACUUCACGAAUGGUACACUGGUAAUGUGGUUGGUGCAAUGAAGAGUUUUAAUCAAGCCCGCUUCGAUCCUGACUGGGGCCUUAUUUCGACCUACCAUAUGAUUGAAAUUUGCAUCAAUCCUGAUAAUGAGACAUUGGGAGGGGAGACAUUCACCAACGGAGACGUCGUCGGAGGGGAUCACGGCAAGGUUGACCAUCGAGAGGGAUCUCUCCACACGGCAGAAAGACUACUAAACGAACUGCGUCCCAAGGUUGCUGCUGACGUUGACUUCCACCUUAUGAGUAACUUUGUGCUGCUGACAAAGAAGUCGAAGACUGAUGCAGAAAUAGCACUGAACGAAUUCAUACGCUUCACGUCUGACGAACGCAAUAGGGAUCAUGUUGGCGCAAUUCUCGGCAUGGCUACUGCUCACAUGAUUCUGAAACAAACCCCAAGAGCGCGGAAUCAGCUCAAAAGAGUCAUGAAGGCCACGUGGAACUUUGGGGAUGCUGAAUACCUCGAGAAGUGCUGGAUUCUGCUUGCCGAUAUUUACAUACAAUCCGGAAAAUACGAUAUCGCUACAGAUCUUUUGAAGCGUGUUCUGCAGUACAAUAAGUCAUGUACAAAGGCAUACGAGUAUAUGGGAUACAUUAUGGAGAAAGAACAAAGCUACAGAGAUGCAGCGCAGUACUAUGAAAAUGCUUGGAAACAAGGAAAUCAAAAUAACCCUGCAAUUGGGUACAAGCUUGCCUUUAACUAUCUCAAAGGGAAACGUUACACAGAUGCAAUCGAUGUUUGCCAUGUUGUCCUGACAAAAUACCCCAAUUACCCAAAGAUUCGUAAGGAUAUCCUCGACAAAGCUCGUUCCAACCUGAGAACUUAGGAAUAUCCAGCGUUUGUAUGAUGACUAUGCAUUCUAUUUACGUAUGAUUUACUAUACAUUUUACUUGCCUCUCUAUGUUUUCACAUGGAAACCAAAUGACUAAAUGUUACAGUUGCACUGCUUG